AAGGCGAGAGGGAGUCAAGGUGGGGGGGGGGGGGGCGGCCCUGGCCCAUCGAAGCGUAGCUCCUGCAGCUGGGUUGAGCUGUGCACCCCCGACUGGAGCUGGACCCGGAGGGAGCCGCCCUCCCUUCCACCCGAAGCCCAGUCCCCGGUGGUCCCGGAGCGCCCUCCUUCUCUGUGUGGGUGUGUGCGGGCGUGUGCCCUGGUUCCCCGGCCCCCCAGGCAGCCAUGGCUGAUGAGAAGACCUUCCGCAUCGGCUUCAUUGUGCUGGGGCUCUUCCUGCUGGCCCUCGGCACGUUCCUCAUGAGCCACGACCGGCCCCAGGUCUACGGCACCUUCUACGCCAUGGGCUGCGUCAUGGUGAUCGGGGGCGUCGUCUGGAGCAUGUGCCAGUGCUACCCCAAGAUCACCUUCAUACCCGCUGACUCUGACUUCCAAGGCAACCUGUCCCCAAAGGCACUGGGCCUGCUGGAGAAUGGGCUCGCCUCCGAGAUGAAGAGCCCCUCAGGCCAGCCCCCAUACGUCAGGCUGUGGGAGGAAGCCGCCUAUGACCAGAGCCUGCCUGACUUCAGCCACAUCCAGAUGAAGGUCAUGGGCUACCAUGAGGACCCCCGUCCCCUGCUGGCCCCUGAGCCGGGACAGCCGCAGCUGGGAGCCAGUGGUGGAGGAGAAGGUGGCCCUUGUGAGGCUCAGGCCUGGAUAGAGGCUGCGGUGGUCAUCCACAGGGGCUCAGAUGAGGACGGGGAAGAGAGAAGCCCGACUGAGAGCAGGCUUGGCCUCCGGGCCUGUCCCCAGGGCCCUGCACCCCUGGCUUCCUUCCAAGAUGACCUGGAUGUGGGCUCCAAUGAGGAAGGCAGCCUCAACCCAUCUCCGCCUGAGGAGGACGAGCCUCACCCCCCACCCGGGGAGCCCUGGGCCUGCAAGUGCCCGCUGGACCGCUUCCAUGACUUUGCCCUGAUCGACGCCCCCACGUCAGAGGACGCACCUCCAGAGCGGCAAUGGUGGGAUACCGCCCUGUCCAGCUAUGGGCAGCAGUCCCAAAGGACAAAGGAGGAAGAGGAGCCUUCAGACAUAGGCACAGAGGAGCCAGAGCAGGAAGGGGAAGACUUGUACUAUGGGCUGCCGGACAGCCCUGGGGACCCCCUUCCGGACAAGGAGCUGGGCUUUGAGCCCGACGCCCAGGGCUGAGAUGGGACCACUCCCCGGGUUCUAGCCCUGCACCACCGCUAACCCUCAUGCCACCUCACAGGGCCUCGAUGCCCCUGUCUGCCAAAUGGGGCUGUGUGGAGGUUUGCACAAGACAGUGGACCCGAGAGCACUCUGGGGGCUCCAAGAAGUGCAUGGGGAGGGGAUGUUUACUGUCAGUGGACCGUUGCUCUCCAGCUGUUAGUUUCCUGUGGUGAAACUUUGAAGGUACGCUGUGAUUCACUGAGAAGAUUCGCUGCCGCGGGGGCCCUCAAGAGCCUUUUCUGCCUCCCCUCAAAGCUGGCCUCUGAGCAGGACCCAACUUGGUGCUACCCUGAUCCUCUGAAGGCCUCUCAGGGUUCCCGAUCCCGCUCCCCGCCCCCCACCCCCCCA